CAGUCGCUUAGCACGUGACGCAAUCAAUGCGCAGUUGUGUUUCUGCGCAGUACCGGAAGCACAUAAUAGCUCUCAGCUAAAGAUACAGCUGCUAAAAACAUUUGGAUAAAAGAGCUCCACAGAAGAAACAGCCGCUGGUGAAUGGAAGUGGCGAGGGCCGGAGAGAUGGGUCCCGAGAGAAUCUUACCGAAGCCCGAGGAGGAGCUGCAGGAGCGGGCCUCAGAGCCCUCGGAGCCCGCAGAGCCGGAGGAGUGGAGCGGGGAGGACCUGGAGGAGGAGGAGGAGGACACUACUGGAUACUACUACCAGCCUCUGAAUCAAGACCCGGACGGGAUGAACGGCUCACACACAGAGCCCGCGGACGAGGGGACCGCCACAGAGCAGCUGCAGGACGUCCAGGACAGAAUAGAGGCCAUGGGUCUGUUCCUGCCCCAGGCGCCUCCUCCUGACAGCGAUGAAGAGGAGGAUCCUGAAGGAGCUGCUGCCCAACGAAGCCAUGCGUCCAUUCCCAUGGAUCCAGAUCACGUUGAGCUGGUGAAAAGGACCAUGGCGGCAGUAAAUUUGCCGACUCUGGGAAUCCCUGCCUGGGCCCAGGAGAUCUCUGAUGACCAGUGGAAGCACAUGGUCCAGCAGACGCUUGAGUCCAGACAGAGCUCUGCAGGCCUGAGACUGGAACGCAAGUGAAACCCUUUCAAGAGCCUCAUCUCACCUACUGCAGAAACAUGAAACAGAGCUUCUGACAUCGCAAACAAAUCAAAGGGCAUUCAUCACUUUAGUUGUGGUUUAUUCAAACCGUGGACUGAAAUCUAAUAGCUUGCCUUUUAUUUCCUUUGAACCGAUGCACAGCCAGUGUCCAGUUGAUGCAGAGUAGGCAAAAACUGUCCUAAAAACAUCCCAAAUGCUUUUGAACCCAGUUGUAUUAAUGAUGCAGUGUUCUUUUGCUUUCUGUUUUUUUUUUGUAAAGUGAAGAAUUUCACUAAACUUAGUGGUUGCUUUUGUAUGACUGUAUACACAUGUAAUGGUGCAUCUCUGUAAUACUCACAUCUCCAUUAAUCUGACUGUUGUUGAUACCUGUGCAAUGAGUGACUGAUCCUUUAUAUUUUUCACACGGCCGGAGCAACACAAAUGGCCGUUACAUCUUUUGUGUUUCUUUAUUUUUGUUCUGUACAUACAUGAACAUCUGUACAAAAUAUGACUUUCAUACUAUGUAAUGCUCAACCUAAUUAAAGUACAACAUAUGUACAUAUGACCUGGAAA